UGAAAAGUGACACGAGACGAAAUCAGUCAUUGUUGUUGUGGGAUACUUUUAAAUCACUAUAAAUUAAAACUACGUGAACCUUAAAAAUUAACUUAAAAUGUUGAUAGUCAACAACGGUGUCGAUUAAUCUUUAUUAGCCUUUAGCUGGCACGCCUGAACAAUGGAGUCUCAUCCACUGAAUUUGGCGCAUCAACAACAUCGUCGUGCUGAUGCUCAUCUAAUAAACAACCGUUAUGAUGAAGCGAUGCAGUGCCACCACAAUGCUGCUGAAUUGUUGCUUGACGCUAUGAAAUCUACGACGUCUUCAGUAGCAUUGGAGUCCAUAACACUUCAACACAGCUACCAUCUCAAACAAAAAGACCUAAUCAAAAGCAAGAAAGACCAAUAUGCACGCGUUAAAAAGGCGAUGGACACUAUUAAGUGUCUUGGCAAGGAUCCAUUCUCAAACCUUCAGGGUCAUGAAUACGCUAAGCUUCAAGUCGCAAUAUUCAGAGCUAUAAAUGAAACAGACUCUCUAUUACACUUUUUAUCUAAUACAAAUGAUAGCCCUGUAGAACACAGGCUAUUGCGAGACAAAAUAAUCCCUACAGGGGAUGUUACAGAUGGGUUUAAGACAGAGAAAACACAAGAAACUGUUAUAGAAGAAUUACGAAUACUGAGUCAAAAUCUGCACUCUCUAGUUGAACAGUUAGUACUACAAGUGGAAGUCCUUAAAGAUGAGAAUGUUACAUUGAAAGAAAGGGUAAAUUAUUUAGAAAAAGAGAGAGUGAGGUACCUAAACCUCCCUUCAAGUGACUUUCAUCAGAACUUCUCCACCUUAAGUAUGGGGACUGAGAGUUUGCCAAUGGAGUCUGCUCAGAGAGUACCUGUUAUACCAAUACCCACUACAUCAACAGGCCCAGUUGACCCUAACUUUGAUUUAACAGCUUUGCGGGAAUAGUACUUAAAUACAUUGAUACAAUAUGCCGUCAUGAAGGCAUUAUAUUGUAUGAAGAUAUUAAAUUUAACAUACCCUGUUCCUCUUAGACCUCACUAUUUAUGUAGUGAUCCAACCCAGGGUUCCCUAGACUACUGAAUCCCUAGAAAUUGGCGUCAGCCCUACUGGCUGUUUCUGACCUUCCAACCCAGAGAGUAUUAUAAUAUAUUGGUGACUGUUAAUAAUUAAAUUAUUUGUCAUUGGUUGUUUUAUUGGUGUAUUUAUUUAUAGAAAUAAAACUCCAAGUGUCUUAUAUAGAUAUGUAUUAUUGCAUAUUGGUCUUACACAAAAAUAAAAUCGUACUCUUGUUUUACAUGUAAAAAUAAACUUCCCGAUUUUUUCAAUCAGGAAUAACUAUAUCUUACACCUAAAAGAAAUCUAUACAUACAUUAACAAUCAAUUAAACUAACAACAAUUUUAUAUUUUUGGUAACAUGGAAUAUUACAGCAAACACUAUCAGCACUACAACAUUACACAUUGUUAUUUUAUUCUAGUUGAAAUAUUGUUAUUACAUACUAUGGUCAUUUAAAUUUAUAUUUAAAAAAGCAUUUAACAUAAUAAAAAUAAACAAUUGAAAAAAUGAAACCCUAUUAAAGAUUGGUUUACAGUGCUCCAAAAUAUUUCGUGUAUUGAGAUUACAGAGUUCUUAUACUACAAGCUCUUUGAUAAAGAUCACUUGGAUCUUAUGUAACUGUACUGCUGAUAUUGUAAAUCUAAUAUUAACCCAUUCAGGGCCAGCGACUCAGCGUAUGGGUCAUGCUCAAACAGUUCCGCAGGGCCAGUGACUCACAUGUGAGUCCUGAAUAAAUUCUGAUUUAAACUUAAACGAAACGUAAUUUGAUGUAAUAACGUAAGUAACAUAUAAGCUAACAAUCAUUUCUAUAAGGCAUAUU